AUGUCGGAUCGAAUUGAUGUCCUCGUCUACGGCUUGGGAGCGAUUGGCUCCUUCUAUGCCUUCAUCCUGAGUCGCUCCGACCGCGUGCGACUAACGGUCGUGGCACGUUCAAAUUAUGAAGCUGUCCAGGCAAAUGGAAUCAAUAUCAAUAGCGAGAAUCAUGGCCAGCAUAACUUUCGUCCACACCGAGUGGUAAAAUCAAUUGCAGAGAUUUCACCAGUCGACUAUGUCGUAUGCGCUCACAAAGCAAUCAAUCAAGAUGAUGUGGUAGCUCAGCUACAGCCAGCCAUCGACAGCAGGACUACCAUUGUCAUCAUCCAGAAUGGCGUUGGUAACGAGGAACCCUUCCGAAAGCACUUCCCCAACAACACGAUCAUAACCUGUGUGACGUGGGUAGGAGUCAUACAGGCAAGUCCUGGAAUCGUCACGCACGGCAAAUCCGAGGCUACGCAGAUGGGCUUAUUUCCCAAUCCCAAGGUCGAAAGCCAAGUCGAGCAACAACGCCUUGGAACAUUUGCCGAUCUCCUCCGCCGUGGCAAGACUCAGGUCCAGGUUGCUGAGGAUAUACAGACCUAUCGAUGGCGGAAGGUGGUUUGGAACGUAGCAUGGAACUCGUUGACUGCUCUCACUAUGGUGGAUACACAAACUUGGUUGAAGUCAUCAGAAGAUGCAACGCCUUUUACACGCCAGUUGAUGCAGGAGGUCAUCAACAUCGCCCGUGGAUGUGGUGUACCCCUCAAGGAUGAUCUGGUUGACCAGCUUAUGGACAAAAUCAAUUCCUUGCCCGGCAUUGGAAGCAGCAUGCAGACGGAUUGCAAAAAUGGACGGCCAAUGGAGAUCGACGUUAUCUUGGGCUUCCCAGUGCGGAAAUCUCGAGAACUUGGUAUACAAGCCCCCUUUUUGGAGACCCUCUACGUUCUUCUUCGGGCGGUUGAUGGUCGACUCAGGGCCGCGCAGUAG